UGCCACAGCAAGGGGUGGGGGAAUGGAACAUCCCGGACUGAACCAAUUGGGGGCUGGAGUAUGACACCCUUCCCGUCCGUGAGAGGAGGCGGGAACCCCCUGAGAUGAAAUGGUUCCUCCCUAAUGGGGCUCACUAUCCCCCUGCCCCCGUUACCCGAGUCUCUGCCCCCGUCCUCCCCCGCAGAACAGCUUGGUACAGCCCAACAAGGGUGGGGGAGGGGUAAGAGUCCCGGGGAUCUUAAAGGGGCAGCGGCCAUUUGUUCUUCCCGCUCAGCGCUGCGGCAGGGCUGGUGCAUUGGCUGGGAGGGACCCCAGGGCUGGUGCAGGGGGGCAAGGCUGGUGCAUUGGCUGUGGGGACUCCAGGGCUGGUGGGGGGCAAGGCUGGUGCAUUGGCUGCGGGGACCCCAGGGCUGGUGCAAGGGGGCAGGGCUGGUGCAUUGGCUGUGGGGACUCCAGGGCUGGUGCAAGGGGGCAGGGCUGGUGCAUUGGCUGGGAGGGACCCCAGGGCUGGUGGGGGGCAAGGCUGGUGCAUUGGCUGCGGGGACCCCAGGGCUGGUGCAGGGGGGCAGGGCUGGUGCAUUGGCUGGGAGGGACCCCAGGGCUGGUGGGGGGCAAGGCUGGUGCAUUGGCUGUCGGGACCCCAGGGCUGGUGCAGGGGGGCAAGGCUGGUGCAUUGGCUGUGGGGACCCCAGGGCUUGCUGAGGGGAAGGCAGCAGUCACCACACCCACAGAGAUGAUGAAGGACGAAAACAUCUUCCUCUUCGUUCCGAACCUCAUUGGCUAUGCCCGGGUCCUUCUCCUCUUCGUUGCCUUUUAUUUCAUGCCGAGCGACCCCGGCCCGGCCGCCGCCUCCUACCUGCUCAGCGGCCUGCUGGACGCGUUUGACGGCCACGCGGCCCGGGCCCUCAACCAAGGGACCCGGUUCGGUGCCAUGCUGGAUAUGCUGACCGAUCGCUGCGCCACCAUGUGCCUGCUGGUGAACCUGGCGCUGCUGGACCCGCCCCGCGCCCUCCUCUACCAGCUCAGCAUGACCCUGGACAUCGCCAGCCACUGGCUGCACCUGCACAGCUCUGUGGUUCGGGGCAGCGACAGUCACAAGAGCAUCGACCUGACGGGGAAUCCGGUGCUGCGGGUAUAUUACACCUCGCGGCCCGUCCUCUUCCUCAUGUGUGCAGGGAACGAGCUCUUCUACUGCAUGCUGUACCUGCUGCACUUCACGGAGGGGCCUGCAGUGGUCCCCGGACGCCUGGGUCUUUUCCGUCUCAUCCUCUGGGUCUCGACCCCCAUCGCUGCCCUCAAGUCCCUCAUCAGCCUCGUGCACCUCGUCUCUGCCUCCUGCGGUAUGGCCGCCCUGGACAUGGCCGAGCGGGCCAAGAAGAAGUAGCAGUGAGGGAGGGGGAGGCUGGCAGAGACAAACCCACCCCCCCCAGUCCUGACGGGACCAGCCCCUCCUCCCUGGGGUGGGGCUCCCCUCCAUUGGCUAGAAACCCACCAAUCGCAGUGUUGUGUGCUUUUGGCAGUGGCACAUGUUUCCCACAGUGCUUUGCAGAGGGGCGCGGAAGUGCUGCCAAACUUGUAGCCUCUGUCCCCCUCUC